AUGGCACGCGAGCGACGAACGGUGAAUCAGUCCGACGUCGAUGAGCUCCGAAGACUGCUUUCAGGCACGCAAGCUCAUGUCCUAACAUCUUCAGAUCCAGGCUACGGGGCAUCUAUAGAACGCUGGUCGUUAGCCGCUGUCAAGCCGGCUGGAGUCUCAAUCUUGCCUUCCUCAUCCGAGGAAGUUGCUAUCGCCAUCAAGUAUGCCUCGAGCCAUUACCUCGAUGUCGCGGUGAAAGGUGGCGGACAUUCCACAGCCGGAGCCAGCAGUUCCGAUGGUGGCCUUCUUAUCGACCUUGGUCGGAUGCGUAAAGUUGAGGUCGACGUCGAGAAGCAGCAGCUUCAUGUUCAAGGCGGAUGCAUCUGGGCUGAUGUCGAUGAAGCAGCUUGGCAGCACAAGCUUGCCACAGUUGGUGGCACUGUUGCAGAUACUGGUGUAGGUGGGUUGACACUCGGUGGAGGCUAUGGCCACUUGUCUGGAUCUCGAGGACUGGUGAUCGACAACACCAUCUCCAUUACAACUGUAACAGCCGACGGCACCAUCGUUCGUGCCAGCAAGACCGAGAAUACAGAUCUCUUCUGGGCUCUCAAUGGCGCUGGUCAGAACUUCGGCGUCACGACUGAAUUUGUUCUUCGAGCUUAUCGGCAAGAAGAAGUGUAUGCUGGGACACUCGUCUUUCCACCUUCACCGGAUGUCAUCAGCAAACUCGUGACCAUAGUAAAUGACCUUUACUAUGUCCCUGGUGAAGGUACUCCGACAAAGACUAAAGGUCAACUCAACUCCCUCCUCGCCAUCGGCCGCCCACCAGAUGCCGGCGGACAAACAGUAACUCUAUUCAUCUUCGCCUUCGAUGGGAACGAAACACAGGCAAAGAAGUUGCUCCAGCCAAUCUACACUCUCGGUCCGUUGGUAGACAUGACGAGCAUGAAAUCUUACCCCGAAGUCAAUAAGCAGAUACCUACAGCUCCUGGCUUUAGAUCUAGCAUGAAGGGUGCUGCAUUCGUCCUUCCCAUCCGCGAGGAGUUUGUCCACACACUACUAAGCAAGUACAACACUUUCCUGGACUCACAACCGGACGCCCAAGGCUCACUUUUAGCGUGGGAGCUCUACGAUCCGACCAUUGUAGUCGCGAGCGAUGAAGGAUGUUUUGCGAAUCGAGGCUAUCAUCUCAACAGCCUGAUCAUGCCGCUCUGGAGCAAAGCCGAGAAUGAUAAAGAGUGUAGACAGUUUGCGCGAGACUUGAGUCUUGAAUUCAAGCAUGAGCUGGAGCGCAAAGGAGAACGAACCGGAGACGGAGUGGAAGGAGGUGCAAGUGUGAGAGGGAAGAAGAAUGCGGUGCUGCUUUAUGGUAAUUAUGAUCAAUAUGAUGAGAAAAGUCGAGAUAUCUUCGGCGACAAUUAUCCACGCCUGCAGGAAAUAAAGGCGAGGUACGAUCCGGAUAAUAUGUUUGACAAGCUGUUCGCGAUACAGCCAUCUGGUGCAGGCACGAAUGGAGCAUGA